AUGGCAUCGAAGUUGCGCCAGUUGCAAUCUAAGGCUUGUCAAGCAACACAGUUUGUGUCCAAGCAUGGAAGUACCUACUACAAGAAUUUGUUAGAGCAGAACAAGCAAUACAUUCAGCAUCCACCAACAGUUGAGAAGUGCAAUGAGCUGUCAAAGCAAUUGUUUUAUACUCGACUUGCUAGUAUUCCUGGCCGUACCGAAUCAUUCUGGAAGGAAGUUGAUUACGUCAAGCAUUUGUGGAAGAACAAGCAGGACCUGAAGGUUGAAGAUGCUGGCAUUGCUGCUUUGUUUGGGCUGGAGUGCUUUGCAUGGUAUUGUGCUGGUGAGAUUGUGGGAAGGGGAUUUACCUUCACUGGUUACUAUCCUUGA